UAAAUCUGAGUGAUCGAUGAACGAUAACCAUGGCCUGUCCUGAUGCAGAAACAGUAGUUCUGAGGAAGAAAAGCUUACUGUAGAUCUUUUGUUGCUAUCCAUGUUUAAUGCAGCAAUAGGUGAGCACAUGAUCCCUUUCUUUGCAGAAAAGAAGGCUAUCAUGGCUCAUGACCAAUGACCAUCAUUUCCUGGUCUCAGUCCUCACAUUCUACUGUUCCUUUUGCCGGUAGAGUUGUCGCAGCAAGCAGCAUCACAAGGUAUGCAUUUUGAUCGAUACAAGCAACACUUCCCUCUAAAAUACAAAUACCAUCUGAUCCCAAGGGAGUAGAACCACUUCAGGCCUCUUCUCCAUGGGAGAAACCACAAGAAACCAAGCCCCUUGUGCGAUGGCAGAGACAGGUGAAGCCAGGAGGAAGCUCAAGAGAAGCAACAGAAGCAAGAAGCAAGAACAGAGGAGAGCCAAGAAGUCACCGGCUUGGAGAGCCCUGAGAAACUUAUUCUCGUGUAAGGAUCAGAGAGAUGCACGAGGGAGGAAGAAAGGCAAGAAGAGGGACAGCACGAGUGAGACGAGUCAGGAAGCAACCACAGCCGCUGCAGUGAAUCCUUGUAAUACUUCUAGCAGAUCCCUGAGAUCUCCUUGCAAGGAUGUCAGUGGGGAUAUAUCCACUUCCUUCGCUUCUUAUUCAUCCGCCUCUAUCGUUGCCUCUGCUACUGCGUCUUCUUCAUCAUCAUCCUCUUCUUCUGUCGGAGGAUCUCUUACUGGAAUGCACCUGAGGAGGCUUUCUGGGUGCUACGAGUGUCAUGUGAUGGUUGAUCCCAUUAAUGGACCAUCCAGGGAUCCUUCCAUGAGGGUUUCAAUCUGUUCUUGCCCGCACUGCGGGGAGAUAUUUGUGAGGCCUGAGUCUUUGGAGCUUCACCAGGCGGUCAGACAUGCAGUAUCAGAAUUGGGUCCUGAGGACACCAGCAGAAACAUCAUCGAGAUCAUUUUCCAGUCAAGCUGGCUCAAGAAUCAAACUCCAGUUUGCAAGAUAGACAGGAUCCUGAAGGUCCACAACACCCCGAAGGCCAUCACAAGGUUCGAAGACUACAGAGACUCCAUCAAGACCAAAGCCGACAACAAGCUCGCCAAAAAGCAUCCGAGGUGCGUCGCCGAUGGGAACGAGCUCCUGAGGUUCCACUGCACCACCCUCGCGUGUUCCCUCGGCUUCAACGGCUCCACCAAUCUGUGUCAGUCGAUGGAACGCUGCGACGUGUGCAGCAUCAUCCGAGACGGGUUCAAGCUCGAUGAGGCCGGGAAGGUCCAAACCAUGGCGACCAGCGGGAGGGCGCAUGACAUGGCUCGCGUAAGCUCGUCGGACGAGGAGAAGAGAGCGAUGCUGGUUUGCAGGGUGAUCGCGGGGCGGGUGAAGAAGAAGAGUCAAGAUGCCGUCGAUGAGUUCGACUCGGUUGCGGGUUCUGCAGGAACGUACUCCAACAUAGAUGAGCUGUUUGUGUUCAGCCCCAAAGCCAUAUUGCCAUGUUUCGUGGUGAUAUAUACAGGUUUUUAGUGUCAUCACCGUAUGUCAUGGUUCUUUGCUUGGAUUCA